CGUUUAUAUAUUUUGUGACGAAAGGUCAACCUCCCCAUUUUUUAGGGUUUCGAAGAGAGCAAAGAGCAGCCUUCGUUAGCUUUCCUUAGACACCGAAAUGGCGAGGAUCAAGGUUCACGAGCUGAGAAACAAAUCCAAAACUGAGUUGUUGAGCCAGUUGAAGGAUCUCAAAGCCGAGCUCGCCCUUCUCCGGGUCGCCAAAGUCACCGGCGGUGCUCCUAACAAGCUCUCCAAGAUAAAAGUGGUGAGGUUGUCAAUUGCACAGGUGUUGACUGUGAUCUCACAGAAACAGAAGGCUGCUUUGAGGGAAGCUUACAAGAACAAGAAGUACUUGCCCCUUGAUCUGCGUCCCAAGAAAACCAGGGCUAUUCGCAGGCGUCUUACCAAGCAUCAAUUGUCUCUGAAAACUGAGCGGGAGAAGAAGAAAGAGAUGUACUUCCCAAUGAGGAAAUAUGCUAUUAAAGUGUAGGGUAGGAUCUAUUAUGGAGGGUCUUUUGGUACUGUCCGCAAAACUCACUCCAUUGAUGAAUCUGGAGUUCUGUUUACAUUUACUAUUAUUCUGAUGGACCUCGAAUUUUGAGUGUUUUUCUUUGAUUUUUGUUGCUAGUGAAACUUCAGAGGAAGCAUCACCUUUUUUAUUUCCUAGAAUGAAAUGUUCUUUUAUAGAUUUC